UUGUGCAUUUCUGCACUGAGGAUUUAUUUUCAUGCAGUGCAGAUCAGUAUACUGUAUAGAUAAUCGUGAAUAAUAAGUAGCUACCUUAGCAUUCAACACUUGAGGUUCAAAGCUAAAGCGGAUUAUCAUUGUGCUGUGUGGUGUCAGUUUUGUGCAAAAUAUGAAGUGCUGCAGUGCAGUGCUUGCGGCUGUGGUUUUAUUUCUUGUCGCUCCAAAAGUGCAUUGUGUAUUUACUGGGCUGCAGUUUACACCUCCCGGGACGUUUCAGGUGCAUGAAGGAGAAAUUCCACCAAUCACAGUGGACUACACUACUUCAGCUUCAACUGUCGAAACUCAAGAAUGUAUAGGCACUAUUCGGUUCAUUGCUGAUACCGCGGAGCCUUCUGAUCUGGAGUUGACUUCCACCAUUGAUGUGUGCAUUCCUAUUGGCCCAGCCAAUGGAACGGUUACUAUUCCCUACCACAGAACUUUCGAUGACAUAGUGUUGGAGCCCGAUGAAGUGUUUCAACUCUUACUGGUUUCUACAGUACCGGCGUCCACUCAUGGCUCUGCAACCGUCACUAUUCUUGACAAUGAUGAUGACCCGUUUGUCAAUUUGACUCAGCCCAUGGUCGAUGGGUCGGAAAAUGCUGUUGAGGACAUCAUUGUAGCCUGUGCCACCCUGUCCAACGUGGUUGAAGCUUCAGGCACAACAUUCCCGAUUAAUGUGACUUUCACGGUGACUGAUAUGUCAGCAAUUUUCGGCAGUGACUACCUGGUUACGAUGGAUACGUUCAGUGCUGCCUUUCCUGUGGGAAGUGUGAAUGGAAAUUCAGUGUGUGCUACCAUCGAUAUCAUUGAUGAUGACAAAUUAGAGGGAAACGAGAUGCUCUCUAUUGAGAUGACAGCUGCAGAUAGUAGCGGCACUAACAAUAUUCUCGUUGUGGGGCCAAUUACAACUGCCAACUUCACCAUCGUAGAUAAUGAUUUUGUCACUAUUGAACUCACGUCCCCUUCUGAUGAACUGUUCUUGAACGAGACUGACGAAGGAUCUGGCCCAACUAUCACCGCUACUAUAAUUCUUCCUUCAGGGGGGCUCGAAAGAGAUCUAGUUGUUUUCUUGUUCACAGUGUCAUCUACAGCUGUUUUAAGUUUUGACUACCUGGUACCUAUUCCUAUUGAGAUCGUGUUUCUGGCCCAAGAUAUUUCUGGACAGGUUAAUUCAUCGGUUACUGGAUUUGUCAGCGGCAUACAAGAUACUAUCGUGGAAGGUCCCGAGGUUUUUAUUGUUGAAUUGGCCUCUGUACUAGAUGAUUUCAGCAGUGUUGUAACUCUACUGCCUUCCCCGAGUACUGUCACUGUUCUGGAUGAUGAUGUUUCAAGUGUGGAGUAUGAACUCGUGACCGAUUUUCUCUCUGUCUCGGAAAAUGGAACCACCUCUAAUUUCUGUGCUAUACUUCAUUUGAAUAGUGUCUCCCUGGAAACAGACAUCAGUAUCCCUAUUCUGGUUACCGAGACUGCUAAUGUUACAGUUGAAGGAGAAGACUUUUCUUUAUCAGACAGCGUUUUGACAUUUGCAUCUGGACUCAUGGAUGGUAACAUGAGCUGUAUAGAUGUCAUUCUGAUUGAUGAUGCAGCUCUUGAAUUCACUCAUACAUUUACUCUGGCUCUUUCUGAUAUGUCAACUCCUGAGGGCGUCACACCAUUACUAUCCUCCAUCACAACAACAACUUAUAUCAUUACAGAUAAUGAAGCCGACCUUGAAGUCAGUUUUACUGGACCUUUGUCGCAACUUGUUCAAGAAUCAAAUGAGACGAGCCCGGUGAUUUGUGUCGCAUUAGACACGGCCGUGUUAUCUGUGGAAGUAUCUUUUAAUGUCACUUUAGGCGUAACUAAUGGACUUGCUACCGGUCAAGACUGGGCUGCAUCAGGUUCACUCAACGUUCCCGUUGGACCCACUUUAGCAGAAUAUUGCCUCACACUAACUAUUGCGGAUGAUCCUCAAUAUGAGGGAGAACAUGGUUUCACUCUGGAUCUGACUCCAGGAUCUCCACUACCCGUUGGGGCACAAUCACAAGUCAACAUAACAAUUGUGGAUCCUGAGGAUGCGAUCUUUCGCUUUGAGAUGGCUUCGUACACUGUGGAUGAAAACGACAGCAUCGAUAUAAUAAUAACUACCGCUUCAACUCUUGAAGCUGAAGUAUCUGUUCUCCUAGGAUUUAUCCCGGGAACUGCAGGUAAUGCUGAUAGUAAUUUCAGUACAACACCAGUUGUUUUCGUACCGUCUGGCAGCCAGGCACCGAUUCCAGUUAAUGCUCAUUCUGAUGUGUUACUUGAAGGAACAGAAUAUUUCACAAUCAUUAUCCUGGAGAGUGACCUGUACACUGUUGAUUCAGUUAACAAUGAGACUACGCUCUUCAUCAAUGAUAUCAAUAGUAUUGAUUCUUUUUCAUUUAUUGAACCUGUCAAUGUUACGGAGGGAGACAACCUCACCUUCAGUGGUCGUUUAAUCCUCAGUACUGGUACAACAGGAAUAACUGACGUUUCGAUAAACUUGGCAUUUAUUAGCGGUACUGCAGUGUCGGAUCUUGAUUACGAAAUCACUGGGAACACAACAGUUACAUUCCCUGCAUGUGAAACUUGCACUCCUGAAAUGCUGACUUUUACUUUUGAUGGAAUAUCUACAAUCAGCGACAGGAUAUUGGAAGGAGAUGAAAUCUUUCUUAUUGAAUACGAUCCACCCACUUUGAAUUUGGCUGUGGCAGUCAUGUCAUAUAAUUCAACAGCAGCCACAAUAAUAGAAACUCGUCCUGUGUUUGACUUCAACGAUAUGUCUUAUGAGUUUCAAGAAGGGGCUAUCGGAGUUUUUCCUAUGAUAUGCUUGGUGCUAGAAGGCAUUGAUGAAUUUAGUAGUGUUGUAACACAACCACUUGCAACUGUUACUGUCUUACCUGCCGGUCCUGGUGCAGAUGGAACAGAUUUUAUUGGCUCUCUCUCUUUGGACUUUACGUUCGCGUCUCCACUUGCGAGUAAUGUGAGUUGUGCUAUGGUUACUGUUAGGAACGACCAAAACUUCGAAGGGCCCGAAAUAUUUACAGCGACAAUAUCUGUGGCUUCUCCCUUUGUUGAGAUACCCCCUGACAGCGAUGUUAGUGUGAUCAUCACAGAUCAAGAAGACUGCUUACUGUCGUUUUCUUCAUUAUCAAUAAUGACUUUCUCAGAAUCAAUGUCAACAAUAGACUAUGCUUUAUCUUUUUCAACUUCAUCAAUUUCUGCGAUAAGAGUGAAUGGAGACUUUAACAUUUCUUUGAUGACUGAGUUUCUUCCUGUACUACCACAAGCUCCUGUUGCACUCAACAAUAUGACGGACAUUGGGGCUAUUCCGCAAGCAACUAUCAUGGAUUUGAUGACUAGCGGCUUAGUCAAUUUAACAAUCCCAAUAAUCGAUGAUGAAGUUCUGGAGUACACGGAGAGUGUAAUUAUCACACUUCCUGACAUUGCAGAGUGUUCAGGAACAUUCCCCUCAGUAAUCAACUUGCUUGUGGAGGAUGAUGAUGCCGGUGACUUUCAGGUAGGGCUGACCCUUGAUCCCGCAGCUGUUGACUCAGAGGGAGGUGGCGGGGUGAUGGUGGUGGCUACGUUGAAUCGAACAGAUGGCGGUGAUAUUCAUCUAGAUAGACCUAUCAUAGUCUUUCUUACUUUACUGGACGGAGAUGCAGUUGUGACAGAAGACUUCACUCACGAGCCAAUGCCAAAUAUCACAUUCGGGCCGUGUGCUGUUGACCCCAUUUUGACUGAGACUAUUAUGAUCAACUUUGUUGAUGACAAUGAUCUCGAGUUUGACCAUGACUUCAGCGUGAAUAUCACAAGUAUUGAACCUGAGGGAGUGUUGACAACGGGUACUCUGCCCUUGUCACUGAACAUCCUCGAUGAUGAGGCAGAGAAUGUAACCAUUACUUUUGACCAAGCCUCCUUCACCUGUGAGGAGGAUUCUAUAUGCACAGUAACUGGUUCCCUGGAGCACCUCACUGGAGAGAUCCAAGCUGACUUCAACGUCUCACUUAUUGUCGACUUCAAUAUUGAUCUACAGUCAGAUUCAUCUGAUGCCUCCCUACCUACACAAAUCAUGUUCUUUGCGGGGGAUCCACAAACUUUCGAAUUCAAUAUCACCAUCAAUGACGAUGAUGACUUUGAGUCGUUCCACUCCUUUUCUAUCUCUUUUAGCGAUACCUUAAUCUCUGGUGGUAGUAUCUCCACUACAAUUAUUGUGAUUUCAGAUCGUGAUGAUGCCAUUAUCGGACUGAAUGCUACAGUAGCUGAGCAUAAGGAGGGUACUGAACUGACCUUCUGUAUUAACCUCGUGAGAAAAAUUGGUGGAACUAUUAUGAGAGAGGUUAUGUACAAUCAUGUGCUCAACGGAAUCACAGCAGUGCCUGAGGAAGACUAUGACAAUAGCACUACUCCGGUACCUGGCAAUUUAUUAUUGAACGAGGGAAAUUCUCAAGUCUGUUUCAAUGUUAUGGCUAUGACUGAUGACAUCUUGGAGGCAACCCAGUCCUAUUCUAUUGACUUGACUUCAUUAAAUGCCAAUGUUGACCCUGCUGCUGCUAACCUGACUAUCAACAUAUUGGAUAUAAACACUGGUACAUUUUCAUUUGAGGCAGAAGAACUGACAGUCACAGAGGGAGUAAACGCCACUGUCUCCCCUCGUUUAGUUAUUGACAGUGUACCUGAGGGCGGAGUACAGGGAAUCAUCGAAAUAGAAUUAUUUGUUUCUUCUUCUGGUGCAACACUUAAUGAAGACUACAGUACGACUUCUAUGACGGUAUCCUUUGGUAGUGCUGAUCAUAGCACUCUCUUACCCGCUGAUAUCAACGGGACGUUUACUAGUGCAGCCGAGAUAAUGAUAAUUGAUGAUGAACUUCUAGAAACGGAAGAGGGAAUUGGACUUUUUUUGUUCGGUGAUGGUGCUUCGGCCCUAGGCGAUGAACUAGAUAUCAACAUAGCUGAUGAUGAGGAGGCCACUGUGAGAUUCAAUCCGAUCAAGUACAAUGCAGUGGAGGGGAGUGAAACAUUGAUGGUGUGUGUGGAGAUACUCACAGAGGCUGAGAGCUCUCAACAGACCAUCGAUGUUGAGCUGGAAACAAUUGAUGGAGCCAAAACAAAUUCAUCCUCUGACUUCAACACUGGUGUGGAGUUCGGAGUGGAGUUCGGUGCUAAUAUUCCCCUUAAUGGGACUAUCGCAUGUACUGAAAUUGCUAUUGUGGAUGACAGCGUGUUUGAAGGAAACGAGCAAAACUUCACGGCUACGAUUGACUUCGUAGGGUUUGCCGGAAGUCCUGCAGAUAAUUUGAUGUGUGUAAGCGACUGUGAAGCUACAGUCACUAUUGAGGACAACGCUGCUGAUUCUGUGACAGUGUCCCUUAACACAACUGGAUUUCCCCUGUCUGCUGUUGAGGGGACGGUCUUGCAAGUGUGUGUCUACAUCUCUCAAGAUGCUGCCGGUGGACGAGAGUGUCCAAUCGAUGUUGCACUGUCCUUCUCCUACGGUGGAGACAAACCAGCAUCAAUGGGAGAUCUUUCAAUAAUAGAUGAGGUGGUGGUGAUUGAAGUGGGUGAAAUGGAAGUGUGCACUUCAGUUGAGCUCAUUGAUGAUGACAGAGUAGAGGGAACACAAUCGUUCAGUAUAUUCAUCGUUGAUGCUUCUCCUUUUGUCAAUUUUGACUCCAACAUUCUACUUGACAUCAGUAUUGAGGAUAAUGAUUUUGUCAGUGCCACUUUUGAAGAGCCCUCCGUUCCUGUUACUGUCAUGGAGGCGGAUGGUGCUUACAGUAGCGAUGUGUGCAUCAUACUGGAUGUACCAGCUGGAGGGGUGGAGUGUGAGUUUGACAUCCUACUGGAACCUAUGGGCAUCGAUGCAAUUCUUGACGAGGACUUUUCUCAGUUUCAAGUGGCAGUGCCAGUAGCUGCAGGUGUGGCUGAUGGAGUUAUACUCUGUGCCAUGCCCGCACGUCUAGAGAUUAUUGAUGAUGACAUUGUGGAGUCCGACCAAUCGUUCAGUCUCAACUUUGCUGGCUCUACUAUUCCUGGGGCAGCUAUCUUCGACAACUCGUCUCUUGAUGUUGUCAUAAUGGACGACAGUGAUACUAUCAAGGUUGGUCUAUCAAUGAGAGAGUACACAGUUCCUGAGGGCACAAAUGGCACAGCCUGUUUAGAAACAUUCGGUCAGAUACAACGAAGUUUUAACAUCACAUUCACUAUUGAGUCAUUGACCAACAUACUCAGAGGUGAAGCACGCAGUGUAUCGGAGCUAUUAUCUGUUGAGUUUGGAACCAGUGCUACGUACAAUAAUACUAUCACAAAUUCGGGGCUGUGCCGGGAUUUACACAACCCCUCCGACGAUCUGAAGGAGGGCAUCACACUGUUGAUGUUGAGGAUAGAGUCUCCUGACUCUGGUGUCUGUCUAGGUCGCGAUCAGGCCCUCGUGAUUGAAGAAGGAAAUGGAGUUGUAGUUGCUGUGGUGACGACUACUAGUCUGAACGUGGAUGAGAGUGAUGGAGCUGUACUGGUGUGUGUCUCUCUCAGUCAGCUUCCCUUUCAAGAUAUUGUGAGCGUCAGUGUCAUCACCAGCUCAGGAACUGCUCAAGGAGAUGAGGAUUAUAUUUCAGUGGAUGUUGUUCUUGAGUGGCACCAAGAUUCUGACCUCACUCAGUGUGUGAGUGUGGCCAUCAUCAACGACGAGUGUGUGGAGGAUAAAGAAGAAGUGUUCACUGUCUCUCUGUCCACAGAGGAGGAGUGUGUUGACAUUGGAUCAGACAACCAAACUACUAUCACCAUACUGGACGAUGAUCGGUUGCUUGUGGAUUUCAGAGAUCCAUUUGUGGAAGUGGAGGAAUCAGCCGGCAACGUCACCUUGUGUGUGUACAUCUGCGAUGGAGUGCUCAAAAGAAAUGCAAGCAUCACAUUAACUACAGAGGAUAUUUUAACUUGGCCACUACCCUCUCCAACUCCAGCGGACUUUAGUGCUGACUCUUACGAAUUGACUUUCACGCCCGACAAUGCUGAUCAGGACAUGUGUGUGACCAUCAAUAUCGUCGAUGAUGAUAUCUACGAACAGACUGAGCAGUUUAUGGCUGUUCUGACCACCAACGACUCGUGUGUAGAGUUCAAGCAAGAGUCCACACUAAUCUCAAUACUAGAUGAUGACUGUGUAACUCUUGAUCUGCAACCAGAAUCGGAAAUGGUAGCAGAAUCAGCAGGAGUGAUUGAGGUGUGUGUCUCUCUGUCCGGAGAGCUGGAGACCAGCGUCAAUGCCAUGGUCUUCACUGUGUCUGGAGAUGCAACAGAUGAUGAUGACUUCUCAUUUGAAACUGGAAUGGGUUCUAUUGUUCUCACCUUCACUGAAUCCGAGGAGCAGUGUAUUAACAUCUCCAUAGCAAUGGACAACUUGCUGGAGGCCUCCGAACAUUUCUCUGUAGUGAUGGGCUCUCGAGAUGACAGAGUGAAAUUGAACAACCGCAUCUCACAAAUUUACAUCAUUGACAGUGGAACGGUGAGAUUUGGGUUCUCUCAGAGUGUGUACCCAGUGCCUGAGGAGGACGCCAUUGGAGAGGGUUACAUCUUGGAGGUGUGUGUAGAGCUCUUCUCUGGAGAGCUGGACAGAGAGGUUGUCAUCAGAGUGGAGAGUCAGGAUGGAUCAGCUAUUGGAGGAGAGGACUAUGUUCAACUGAUGGAAGUCUUGUCAGGGUUGGAGUUUGUGUUCGAACCAUUGCCACCAGCAAUAGGCAGAAGAAAGAGAGAACUACCUCGAUCAGAGCUAUGUGUGAAUGUGAGCAUUCUGGCUGAUGAUUUGGUGGAGACUGACGAGUACUUUAAUCUGGUACUGAGCAGUGUAGACCCUGGAGUUACUCUCAUGCCAGCCAACGCUACUGUGGUCAUCUCAAACAAUGACUAUGCCAACGUGAGUCUGGCCCUAGAUGCUUACAACGUGGCCGAGAGUGAUGGCAAUGUGUCUGUGUGUGCUGUUCUGCUCGGAGGGGAGCUGGCCCGGGAAGUGGCCGUCAAUAUCACUACCACUGACAGCGUAGGAACAGCUACUGCUGGUUCUGACUACACCUCAGUGACGGACUACACUCUGAGCUUUGCUGCUGGUUCUCCAGUGAACUCCAUGUCAUGUGUGGACAUUGUGAUCCUCGAAGACAGUGCAGUGGAGGACAUUGAACGUUUUUAUGUGGAGCUGUCCACCAGUGACCCUGUAAACAUCCUGUCACCUGACAAUGCUACUGUGUCUAUCUUAGACGAUGAUGUGCUUGGAGUCGGGCUCAUUAGUUCCAGUUUCACUGUGAAUGAGACUGAUGGCUAUCUGACUGUUGGAGUUCAGAUUCUGGAUGGCAGUUUAGAGUUGGAACAGAGUGUGUUGAUAUCAACACAAGCUGGUACUGCUACUCCAGGCCUUGACUAUGAGGAUAUUUUGAGUAUGAUGUUGAUUCUCCCGAGUGGACUAGGGGUUGGAGACGUGGUCUACUUCAAUGUGAGUAUCCUCAACGAUGCGGCAGUGGAAGAGAUGUUUGAGAACUUCACUGUCCACUUGAAUGACACGGCUCGUGUGUCUGUCAUUGGAACUCGCUAUGCUGUUGUUGAUAUCAGGGAAGAUGAGACAGAUGUGCUUGGAGUCGGACUUAUUAGUUCCAGUUUCACUGUAAACGAGACUAAUGUGUAUCUGAGAGUUGGAGUUGAGAUUUUGGAUGGCAGUUUGGAGUUGGAACAGAGUGUGUUGACAUUAACACAAGCUGGUACUGCUACUCCAGGCCUUGACUAUGAGGAGCUUUUGAGUAUGAUGUUGAUUCUCCCUAUUGGACUGGGGGUUGGAAACGUGGUCUACUUCAAUGUGAGCAUCCUCAACGAUGAGGCAGUGGAAGAGUUGUUUGAGAACUUCACUGUCCACUUGAAUGACACGGCUCGUGUGUCCGUCAUUGGAACUCGCUAUGCUGUUGUUUAUAUUGAGGAGGAUGAAGCAGAUAUGGUCAUGGUAACGUUUGGCCAAGCUGAAGUGUUAGUGAAUGAAGGUGACAGUAGCAGCGUGUGUGUCAACAUCACUGGUCAACUGGAACGACAGGUGGCUAUCAGUGUGUCCAUCUCUGGAGGCUCUGCAAGCACGGGUUCAGACCAUGAUUUCCCGGCUUCUACUUUUUUCAGUUUUAGCUCCUCCCCUGAUACUUACUGCAUCUCCUUCAAUACCACUCAAGAUGCCAUUUAUGAAAAUGAUGAGACCAUCUCUGUUCGUGUUGACUCCUCUGACCCUCAAGUCAAUACUGGUACUGUCAGCACAGUCAGCAUUCUUGACAAUGAUAAAGUUGAGUUCCAGUUGGUGGUAGUCAAUGAGACGGUGUGUGAGAAUGACGGUUCUGCCAUGGUGUGUGUACAGCUGAGGACAGACACUGAGAGAGAAGUCACUGCCAGUGUGCAGCCGUCUGAUCUCAGUACUCAGAGUGGAUUGGACUACACUACUUCCACAGUGACCUUCAGUUUCCCCAACCCAUCUCCUGCUGACACAAUGCAGUGUGGAUCUGUACCUAUAAUGGAUGACACCAAUGUUGAGCCUUGUGAAGCUUUCUACCUGAACCUCACCUCCUCUGCUGAGAGGAGCUGUAUUGUCGACGAUGACCUUCCUAAUACUGUAAUCAUCUAUGAUGAUGAAGAUGUGGAUGAGUUGCUUCUCUUCAACGACUCUCCACAAAUCUUUGGUAGGAGCCUCAGUGUGGACUACACCAUAUCCGGGUGUGCUCAAGUUUUGUGUCAAGUUAUAGCAAGAGUAGACGAGGUUGACUGUUCUCCCCCUACUGGUAGCCUCACUGGACAAUGGUUCCAAGAGUCAGUCACAACCAGGAGGACUAUCAAUAGGCUUCUUCUUACUGCUGUGCCACGCUGUCCCAGUCAGGUUGUUCCUGUAGGGUUUGAAGAAAGACGUUUCCGUAUAGAUCUCCCACAGUGUGGUGUGGUAUUCACUGACCAGCAGUACGAGGUUGACCCUGUAUCUGGUGACGUGACUGUGGAGUGGGCCGGAACUGGACCAACUGCUGAAGUCAAUGUCAGUGAAUUCACGUGUCGUCUGUCCGAUGGAACACCUACAGAUUGUACCAGUCCAUUUGUGAUCACUGGUCUAGCUCAAGGUGUUUCCCACACCUUCUCAGUAACACCUCGGCAAAUCAGUAAUUCUAGCCUGCCUCAAUGUGCCAGUAGGAGAGGAUUAUUUGGUUCCGUCCUUACCAUCCAACUCUAAGAACAAUUUCCUUAAAUAAUGCUUUAUCAUUAGAUUGAACAGAAUUAUAGUUAACCAUGCAGAAUUAUAACAUUAAUUAGUUCCGAUUUUAAUCCAGUACACAUUUUUUUCUUGUAGUAAAUACAAAUAUCCACAUAUGCUUGUUAUCUUGUACUAUGGUAUAGCUUUGUCAGUAUUAUUUUAAA